AUGCUGUCAUACCGAUAUCCGGUGGAUAUAUCCUUUCCCCUGCCAGAUCUCGGCUUCGUACUUUGGGAACGACGGUUCUGGAUCCUCGCUGCCGCUGUUGAAAAGGGGUUCACGGCUGAAGAAGCGGAACCUAACUGCGACAAAGAUCUCGUCAAGACCAAGAGGGCCAGCUUUCGAGUUCCGAUGGGUGGCCGGAGCACUCGGGCAGACCGCCUCCGGAACAUGUACCAACUGCAGUACUUGAAGUGGAGUUUGGAGUCUGCAUCAACCUCUCAACGCUCGCUCAUCUGUCCAGAGAUGAUCAUCGAGCCUUCCGUUCCUUGGUAUCCAGUGGAGAACUUGCCGUUCGUUCCCAAGACAACGGACUGGAUCGCGGAGGUUACUGCGCUGGUGGAUCGACAGCCGUGGUGUGCAAACUGGGUGUACCGACCGUUCGAUCACCCGUACAACACGACCUACGUGCCAUGCAAUCGCGAGGCUCGGAUCUUCUGCCCCCGUGCUGCUCCCGAGCUAACCCUGGACUGGCAAGAUCGUUAUCUCACGGGACCAGUGCCUGGAGAUUCGACUGCGGCUGCGUCGACAGUAGGCAGCGGUGACGAUGACGCAAGUACUCCCGCUCUUCCACCAGCAGCUCGCUCGUCUCCUCCCGAAGGAGAAGAGAAGGAGAGCAGCGGUGACACGUCUCUGGGCGUGCUUGCUGAAGCGGCUCGGCGACUGUCGUCUGAUUGA